ACUUGCUUUGGACAAGCAAGCAGCUGCACAAGUGCAAGUAGAACAGGCACUGGCACAAGUCAAAAGGGCAGAGGAGCAAGCGGCCAUGGCAAUCGAAGACUUGCGAAAAGCCAGAGAAUCGGGAAAUGAGGAGAAGGUGGAAAAGGCAGAGGAGAAGGUGGAAAAGGCGAAGAAGGAAGUGAAAGAGGCGGAGGAGAAGGUGGGCCCAGACUUCUCUCUCUUGCCAGAUGAAGCGGCAAAGCUUCUUGGAACGCUGCUUUUUGAAGAUGUGCCGCUGAAUGACACUUUUGCCACCUAUUCGUCAGCCUCUUCAUACAUUGUCGACUUGGACAGGGGCCCAUUCAGAGGAAAGCUGGCCCUGCAAGACAAAAACUUGAAGGCGCAGCUUCUAGAUCGUGAACAGGAGCUGCAACUUAUCAUGAAGAUGUUGCUGGAAAGGUCAAACAGAUUGUUUGGCCGAAGUCGGUCAGACAAAGCGGACUCCCCCGCCAUUCUAGUGGCACAGACACCUGGAGCAGGCAAGAGCCAUUUCCUGGCCAUGCUCGGAGAGGAGAUUCCCAUGCUGCACGACCUGGAUGGUAGAAACCAGACACCGAUCAUCUCAGCUUUCACCUACAACUCCAAAAUGAACGAAGAUGACUUGGCAGAGAAUCUGAAGACUGACUUGGCGCUGCGGGUUCUUUAUGGUGCAGCAAGGCACAUGAGCAGGACAAAGUGCGAGUGGGGUGACUUCGUAGAAACAUGGAAGUCUCGCGAGAAGCCUGAGAUUGCCAUCAGAUUGGCUGUGAAAAUCCUGCGCAAAUGGUACGGUGAUCGUCCCGUUGUGAUCCUGGCUGAUGAGGUGGGAAAGUCGAAGGACGAAGCUUUGGUACGCCAGGAGCUUUGCAGAGCCAUGGACUCUUGGGGAGGCCAAGUCUUUGUGGUCAUGUCUUCUCUCAGCAACUACGCAGCAGCUAAGGAGAUGUUCAGGGGCAGCCAGCGAGAGGUGUACAUUCACACUUUAACAGUGCUGGGUACUGAAGCCUACGACCUUUUUUCUGCCAAGCUCUAUGAACUGCAGCAGAAUCAGGCAAAAGGUAUCAAGAGGGACAUCUUGGAGUACCGAAUUUCUCUUGCCUGGGGAGCUACUGGCGGCUACGCACGGGCCAUUGAGAAGAUGGCGAUAUACAUCAGCGACUUUGCCCAAGGUCUUGAAGCUGGAGUUGUCUCCAGGGCCACAACACACCUUGCAGAAGUUAAUAACUUGCCCCCAAUGUUUUCCACGGGCAAUCUUGAAUCUUUACUAGAGAUAUGGGAACGAGAAGAUCCUUCUUUUCUGUCUCAGAUGACAAUUGUGAAUCUGAUGCCUGAAGCCACCUACAAAGGGAGUGUCCUAAUAGACUCGCUUACGCAGGGGAGGAUGCAAGUCUUGUGCCUCCCAACUGUUGCUCCGUGGCAUGCAGCCCGCUUCUUCACGCAGAUGCAAACUCACAAGAACCUGCCACCGAGAUGUGCCAAACUCAUGGGUUUGGCCGGCAGGGCAUAUAAAAACAAACUCGAUGCCAUUGAGAGCAGCAACGUCCAGACCAUGAAACAAGCCAGCUCGUACUUCACUGAAAUUGUGGCGGCUUUUGCUGCCAUGUUUGCGAUCGUGAGGAAGUACAAGAAGCUGCCAUCGGUUCUGACACAGGGUACUGCAAGCAGCAUUUGCGACAUCGGCCUUGAUGAUUCGCUCUUGCAGGAUGAAGAACUUGCUACGAAAAGCAAGGAGGAUGCAGAUGAGAAGUUAGUGUCAUUUUUGGAAAAAGCCGUGGAACUAAGCCAACAGAAGGGCAAAGAGCAACCCUUGCUGGUGAUCAUGGCUCCGCCCAACUGCAAGGCAGUUGAUUUUGUCAUCUUCUGCCAAGAUCAUAACAGUUUUGUGGCUGUUCAGGUGAAAUCCAACACACUGACUGAGGCCAAAGCCCAGAAUGAACAAAAGGCAGCCUUUCUGCAAGCAGCGGAGGAGAUCCGCUCUGCCAGUGACUCCUUGCAGCUUGUGGCCUUCCUUGCUAUAGUCGGCUCCAACUAUGCAGAAACCGAGGAUUUGAAGGCUGACACGCACUUUUUUUGCUUGCAGCAAGAGGACCUCGUUGCCCUCAUCCCACCCUUUCUGCGACAACUCUCGGGUCUCGCUGCAGGGGUUCAAAGCGUGGAAGGUGAGGAUGUGUGAGUGG